UGUGGUUCAUUCUUUGCUUGCUUCUUCCACUUAAAGUUUACACUUUCAAGAGCGGCAUGUUUAAGUCAACUAUGAAUAUGACAUACAGCACAUUCAUCCAGUAUAGAACAUGGACUCUUACAGCAACAGAUGGGAUGGAGUGUGGAAUGAAAUGCCUUCAUUUUGGAAACUGUAAUUCAUUCUCGUUCCAACAGACUUCCUUCAGUCCAGGAAAUGUUUAUGGAACUUGUGAGGGGGCAAUGCUAUCAACUCUUGUGGAUACAGAUAAUGGUAUAAGAAUAUUCAUUGAUGCUGGGAGUUAUGAUGAGUGGGAUAUUAUAUGCAGUGGCAGCGAGGGUUGCUGUCGAAGAACUGGAAGUGGUAGAGCGCUGUGCGGACUUUGGGAAGGAGAUUGCAACAAUGACAAUGAAUGCACUGGAAUGCUGAAAUGUGGCAACAAUAAUUGUGUGCAGAACUGGGGUGAGGGUGGACUAUGGGAUGCUGAAGAUGAUUGUUGUGAACCCCCCUGUACUCCAAACCAUCCUUGUGCUGAGGGGGAGGGAUACUGUGAAGCUGAUGCAGAUUGUCAGAACCCUGGUUGGCUAAAGUGUGGAAAUGACUUAUGUAUUGACAGCACUUACUUUCCAAGUAAUCUGUUCCCUGAGCAUUCUCUAACCUUCUACAAACCAACUGAUAACUGCUGCUAUAGGGUGUGCAACAAGCGGUACAAAGUGUGUGGACACAAUGAAGUUGGUUGUUUAAAUGAUGAAGACUGUACAACUGGAUUGUACUGCAAGAAAGAUGUAGCUCAGCCAUACUGUGAAGAUAUAAAUGAAUGUGACAGCCUACUCAGUCUUGCAGGAGGUAAUAGUACAGCAUGCGGACCAAAUACCUUGGACUGUUUGAACACCAUAGGAAGUUUUGAAUGCUCCUGUACGGAUGGCUUUACUGGCUGGAGUUCGUUGUCUGGCUGUAGUGAUAUUGACGAAUGUAAACUAGGUUCUCACAACUGCGCUGGAAGAGCUUGUGUAAACUCCUUUGGAAGUUACACAUGUGGCCAGGUCAUUCUUGUAAAGCUGACUGGUGGAGCAACUUCCAAAGAAGGAACAGUAUAUGUCUGGAAUCAAGUGAAUCAAAGAUAUGAAGGAGUUUGUGAUGAUGCGUGGGACAGCCUGGAUGCUGCGGUUGUCUGUAGAUCACUUGGGUUUGGUGGAGGGGAGCAAACAUGGUCAAGUUUUUUUGGUUCAGAAUCAAACUAUUUCAUGGAUGAUGUCCAAUGUACAGGAUAUGAGAGUAGUCUAUUCAGCAUCAUAUACAGAUAUAGACACAUCUUUAUCUAUCAGUUGAUGUCAAACAGAUCUUUGUGUAAUUGUAAUGAAGUAUAUCAGCUUCGUUCGUCACAGCAAGAAAAAUUUCAUAUUGGUUCCGAACUUGGUCCAACAAAUAACCGAGCCUCCAAAGUGACCUCUUUCUCUAAACGAUAUUCUAGAGAUUCCAAUGCUGUGACAACAAAACAAAUCCACCUUCAGGAGAACCGUCCUUACAUCACAACAGCACUCUGCCUCAGGAGAACAGUCCUUAAAUCACAACAACACUCUGCUUCAGGAGAACAGUCCUUACAUCACAACAGCAAUCUGCUUCAGGAGAACAGUCCUUACAUCACAACAGCAAUCAGCUUCAGGAGAACAGUCCUUACAUCACAACAGCACUCUGCUUCAGGAGAACAGUCCUUACAUCGCGACAGCAAUCUGCUUCAGGAGAACAGUCCUUACAUCACAACAACACUCUGCCUCAGGAGAACAGUCCUUAAAUCACAACAGCAAUCUGCUUCAGGAGAACAGUCCUUACAUCACAACAGCAAUCUGCUUCAGGAGAACAGUCCUUACAUCACAACAGCAAUCUGCUUGAUGCGAACCAGGCCAACAUAG